CACUAGAGGGCAGAAGUUAUUGAAAGAAAUCUCGCGAUAACGCUUCCCAAUAAAUUCAAACGGAACUUGGAGUUCGGCCUUCUUCCUGUUAAACGAUCACCAAAUGGCGGACGACGCCGGUGGUAGAGGAGGUUUUCGCGGAGGUUUCGGCGCUGGUGGCCGUGGUGGUCGCGGCCGUGGACGCGGCAGAGGCCGUGGCAGGGGCCGCGGUGCUCGUGGCGGCAAGUCCGAGGAUAAGGAAUGGGUGCCGGUCACCAAACUGGGCCGCCUGGUUAAGGACAUGAAGAUCAAGUCACUGGAGGAGAUCUACCUGUAUUCUCUGCCCAUUAAGGAGUCUGAGAUCAUUGAUUUCUUCCUGGGUUCCAGUCUGAAAGAUGAGGUACUCAAGAUCAUGCCUGUUCAGAAGCAGACAAGGGCCGGUCAGCGCACCAGGUUCAAGGCUUUUGUUGCCAUUGGUGACUACAACGGUCACGUGGGUCUGGGAGUGAAGUGCUCCAAAGAGGUGGCCACUGCCAUUCGUGGAGCCAUCAUCCUGGCCAAACUCUCAAUUGUCCCUGUCAGGAGGGGUUAUUGGGGUAAUAAGAUUGGCAAGCCCCACACCGUACCCUGCAAGGUGACGGGUCGUUGUGGCUCUGUCCUGGUGCGUCUGAUCCCUGCCCCUCGUGGUACUGGAAUCGUGUCGGCUCCUGUGCCCAAGAAGCUGCUCAUGAUGGCUGGUAUCGACGACUGUUACACCUCUGCUAGGGGCUGCACUGCCACCCUCGGCAACUUUGCUAAGGCCACUUUUGAUGCCAUCUCCAAGACUUACAGCUACCUGACCCCAGAUCUCUGGAAGGAGACCGUCUUCACCAAGUCUCCUUACCAGGAGUUCACUGACCAUCUGGCCAAGACUCACACCAGAGUGUCUGUGCAGAGACAGAAUGUCCAGGCUCCCGCCUCCUAAACUUUUUGUACAAAGAAUUGUUGAAUAAACAUUCUGAAACAACAA